GGCCCGCCCCGGCGGCAGCUGGGUGGCCGUCACUGAGCGAUGGCGAGUGCGGCGUCCGCGCAGCCCCGCGAGUCGCAGCUGGAGGCCGCCGGGGAGCGUGGCGGAGGCCGGGAGCGACCGGAGGCCCUCGAGGAACAGGGCGCGGCGGCGGCCGAGGAUGCAGAGUCGGCGGAGGUGUCAUGCGGAGCCGCGGUGGCGCUGUUGGGGGAGACAGGGCUGGCGAUGGGCUGCUGCAUCGCGGCGGCGCUGAGCUGGGAGCGGCCCCUCCACAGCCUGGGCGGCUUCGUCUGCGCAAACCUGUUUUUCUGGUUUGUUGCACUGACCCCUUGGAGAGUGUAUCAUCUAACUUCUCUCAUCAUACUUGGAGUGCUAAUUCUUCAGAUAAUAAAGGAUUUGGUAUUCUCAAGAAUAAAAGGUGCACAGCUUUGGAGGACCAUCACUGGCAACUGGAAUAUCAUCGAUUCCAGGCAAGACUACAGACCCAGGAUAAAUCAGUGCAUUUCAGAAACACUUAUGAAUUUAUUUGUGUUUCUUCAAGAAAUGUCCCACUUCAAGGAACAGAACCCUGGCAAGUUUUGCCUGCUAGUCUGCAGUAUCUGUACAUUUUUCACUGUCUUGGGAAGCUACAUUCCUGGAGUUGUCCUCUCUUAUGUCUUGUUAUUGUGUGCCUUUUUAUGUCCCUUCCUUAAGUGCAAUGAAUUUGGACAGAAAGUGUGCAGCAAAAUUAAGGCUCUUCUGACAAAGUUAGAUUUUGGAGUCGUGGAAUACAUCAUCCAGAAGAGAAAAGAGAGAUCUGAAACAUCAGCAACAAAGCCCACAGAAGAUGACAGUGAAUUAGACAUAUCAGCUCUGUGUCCUAAGAUUAGUCCUGCAGUUGCUGCCAAAGAGCUGUCAGUGUCUGACACAGAUGUGUCAGAAGUAUCUUGGACCGAUAAUGGGACCUUUAACUUAUCUGAGGGGUAUUCUCCGCAGACAGACACAUCUGAUGAUUUUGACCGACCUAGUGAUCACGAAGAAGCUUUCACUAGAGAUCUGUCAGAAUUUCCUUCCUUAGAAAAUGGUGCUGGAACCAAUGAUGAUGAUGACUCAAGCAUCAGUAUGCCUAUCCAGAAAAGACAAACAAAAGAACAAACCUCUUUCAAGGUGGAUCAUGCUUCCAGACAGAGUAAAGAGAGACCAUCUACUGCAGGGCUUUCCUUGCCUUUGACCGGUGACCAAACCUUUAAUUUAAUGAGUGGAAUUGCUGGGGAUGUCAUCGCAGCUGCAGUGUCUGCUGCCAUCAAAGACCAGUUGCAGUCCACACAGCAAGCUCCCCAACGUGCAGUGCCCAGUUUGAGCGAGGAAACAGACACAGAGGAAGCUGAUGAUUUUGAACUGCUUGACCAGUCCGAGCUUGAGCAGAUUGAAAAAGAAUUGGGACUUUCACAAGGCCAACAAACAGAAUCCCUGGAAAAGAAAAAAUCUUCAGGCUUUCUUUCAAAUCUGCUUGGAAGCCAUUAACCUGGAAAUUGUAGCUGGUAACAUAGCAGUUAAAUAUUAAUGAAAAAUCAAAUGCAAAAAAAAAGGAAAAAUCUGAGCUGUAAGCUUUAACUGUCCCCUUAGAUGUGUUGUAAUAAUUUCCCUUACGCAGAGUGAAUUAACUGGAUAAAUAUCAGCUGAUACUGAUAGUUUAAUGUUUCUGGUAGUUAUACCUCAGUGUAGUAGCAUGGAAAUGAAUUAUCUAUCCACUGUUUGGUUGCAGAUGAGUGUUGGAGUUCAAUUGUUCAAAAGAGUUGGGGGGAGAGGGCUUGUUUUAUCUUUUUGCCAACUGUGUAUUUUGGGGUCCUGAGCCAAAUUUUCAGCAUGGACAGUUUAUUUACUCUUGGUUGCCAGACAUGCAAUGCAAUUCAUGAUUCACACAGUGAGGGUAAGUAAUGACAGGACUGCAGUGAGAUUAACUGAAUCUCACCUGCUUCUAUUAUACCAAAAAGUAUGAGUCCCUAUGUAUAGUCCAUCUACUAUAUAUGAAAUACACUGACCAACACAAGUAGAGUUUAUGUGUGCAACACUAUCAACCAUUUGAGUUCUUAUUUAAAACCAUUGAAAUAGUUUGGAUAUGGCAAUGCAUUUCCAAGUUUUUUUUCCCUGGUAUAGAUUUGUAGAGUUGUAAAGUGGCAUGCUACUUGACUGACCACCUGCUGUGUUCCUUGAUAGAGUCUGGUUCUUGACAGUAUUACCCCUGUAAAGUCAUCCAACACAUUUUCAUACUUAAGAGUUAUAUCACACAAACUGGAAACCUUUUUGGGAGCAGGUGAGGGUAGUUGCUGUUUGGAAUAGAAGUAAAAAGAAAAAAAAAAGACCAAAAAAAAAAGAAAUGUAUUUUUUAGGUGCCACUUCCUAAAUUCAGGAUUCUGUAGGUUUUGGGGUUUGUUGGUUGGUUGGUUGGUUUGUUUGUUUUGUUUUCCCAGGAUAGCUGCCAUCAUUUGCAACAGAAGUUGUGUUGCAAGUUGAGCAUUUUAAGAUACUUGAAAGUAUUCAGUGAGGUCAUCUGUUGUAGAAGAUGCUCAGAAUCACCUUCUUGGCAUGCACUUUAAAGCAAAGAACUCGUUCAGAUUGUUGGCUGGUUGACACUCCACACAUGCUGAGCAAGUGGCAUGGCAUCUUAAGCAGGUAAUUUUAGUUUUUCUAGGGCUUUUGUGUUCUCUGACAAAACCCAACUGCAAUACCAAGUUAUAAUAAAGAAAUAGGAAGAAGUAAUGCUAGGUUUUUUUUAAUGUGAUGUAAACCAUUAGCAAAGUUGAGGGACCAUGUCAGCUGCUAUUACUGCUCAAGUGAUUUUCCAUUUGCUGGCAUUUGAAGAGGUGAAUUAUGUCAUCUAGGACCCUCAGAAGGUACAGCAUCAGUUUAUUAAAAUCUUGCACUAACAUAUGUGUGUAGGUAAACCUGUCUAUAAAGUUAACUCCAUUUUAAUUUAUUUUUGAGAUGAAAAAACUAGGCAAGUGGGCAAAAAGAGUGUGUAGCAAAAGGAAAGAUGCUGAGAAUUUUUGACACUUACCUUUAUUGUUGCUUGUGCUUUUGUGUCAGUAAUGCAAAUUGACUGUAUCUGCUCUCCUUUACCGGUAUGAAAGUGAGCCUGUGCCAUCGUUAUGAAAUUCAUUAUGAAGUAAGUGGAUGCUGGAUGUAGAUUCCACAAGAUGAAGCUUUUAAGAUCAUAACAUCUUAAUAUAAAAAGCAAAUUUCUGGAAAUGAUUAGAAAACUAUGGCCACCUGACUUCCCCAUAGCAUUGGCUGCUGAUUUUCCUUUUGAGCUUCCCCCAACUUGUCCUUCCCAUUCAAAAAACCCCACCAAAACAAAAACAAACAGUGCCUCAGAACCACACCACCAAAAUUCCAAACAACAAAGCAGCACAACAACAACACAAAACAAAAAAAGAGUGGUUUUUGCUAGGAAUUCAGUAAGUUUAAAGGCCAUUUCAAUUUCUCAGAUGAUUUAAAAGCCUCAUUUCCUUGUUGUGUGUUUAGGACAACGUAGACAGUUAAAAAAGAGCAACUUCCAAGUUGCUGAUGAAAUGUUUGUAGGACAUCCAAACAAAGAUGUGCUUCCUUGUACAGGUAUACUGGUGCCAGGAGGGGAAGCAGGCUAUGGUAUGAGGAGAAGGGGGAGGAAGGGAGCAGUCCUUCACAGGUUUUUCUGGAGCAGACUAAUAGGAUGGUUGUUAAUGGUGGCAUUAUAACAGUGUGCACUUUAUUGUUUUAUAAAGAGUACUUGUGCUUAUAAAAGUACACGAUGCAGGGGCACUCUUUAGAAUUAAGACUAGAUAAGGAAAAGCAGUUGGAGGAUUUCUCAGACUUUUUGUCAAUGAUCCAUUUUCUGGUUUCAAGAUAGAAAACCAGAGCAUUUUUCUCCAGAAUGAGUCUCAUUUUAUUUUUUUUCCCAGAACUUAAAGCAAAACUUGAACAAGUAAAUCAUUAAAGUUUAGGGGCAUGAUUGCUCAUUUCAGUGUCUUUGGAAUUCUGUUUUUUCUGUUCUUGUGGUAGUUGGUAACACUCAAGCCCCUCAAUACUGUGUAACAGAAAUAAAGUAAUUGUGUAGCAUUUAAUACUUCUCCUCAGGUAGUGGAAAGAUACCCAAUUUUCUGCAGGGUAUUACCUCUUACUUCCCAAGCAUGUAAGGAACACUUUGCUCAGACAUGACACAUUCCACUGCCAGCAGUUUGACAGCAAAACACGAGAUGUUUUCCUCCACUGUGAGAUCCCUUCCACACUGCCUUUAGUUGAAAGCCCCUCAAGAAUCCAUUUUGCUGUAUUCUAGCAGCAGCCACAAAACAGCAUUUACUUUCAAAUUCCUUGUCACAGUGGUCCACAGCAUCUUUCCUACUGAGCACUGUUGUCACCUCCCCAUCUUCCAAAGUUGUGAAUACCCAGGCAGAAAGAAAGGCAAGCAAGUAUGAGGUAGCACAUAGCUUUGAAAUUCUUAUUUACCUGUGGAAAGCCUGCCUGCUUGCAGUUUCUAGUCAAAAGGCAGUGCAGGCAGCACAGAGGGCAUAGAUCUGAGUUUGGAUGCGUAAGUGCCACGAGGUAACACAGGUAUGAUUGUGCCAUGGGAUCAGUACUGCUUGCGUUACCUGGUAGCAAACUGCAAAUGUAUACUUGCAGUAGCAUGUUUGGAAGUUCUCACCCUUCAUGCAUCGCUGCCAGACGAAAACUGUGUAUCAGGACAGAGUCUGUGAGAUGCAGUUCCAUCCUCUGCACUCGGAAACUUUCUCCCUGCAUUAGUAUAUUUGAGUGAUGGAGUGAUCGCCAUUCGAUCAGUGACCUUACCUGUAUCGAUUCCAGCGUAAAAGCAGCUGUUGAAAGCACACAGGGCUCUUCAUGUAUAUGUACUGCACACCUCCUUACUCUUCUUCAGUUUGUUUGUGGCAAAAAAAAAAUACUCUAUGCAGAGGACAGAAACUUAUUUAAAUGGAAAGUAGUAGCCUCUGAAGAAACACUUGUUUUACUUGGGUUGUGUUCAUUUUGCACUUUUUCCAGACUGUAUAAGCCUUCUGAACAAAUUCCCUGCAGCCUCCGUGUCUGUCCUCAGUACAUGAGCCAUGCAGUCUGGAAACAGCACCAGCUGGCUAACCAGAAACUGGAAAAUUACAAAAUGUCUGUCUUUAAAAUAUUUCGCAGCACUUUACCUAGCCUGACUACUAUUUUGUAAACAUGGAAUUAUGAUAUUGAUUGUUUGUAAAGCCAUUUAAUAAAUGUGUUAGUUUUUAUCUUU